UUUGCGCAGGCGGCAAUUCAUCAAAACGGGCCGGCAGAAUUUACGUAGAGUUUACAAUUUUAAAGACUCUAGAUCGAGUACGUAAAUGCCGUAAAUAAACACCGGUGGUCCCUUCAUUGAUAAUAGUGCGGGAAGGCAGCCAUAGGGCAGUAACGACGACGUUGUUUUGUUAUCAAAACCAACGUUAGCAGCGCCAUUACGAGAUAGCUACAUUGUUUUCAGCGGCAAUCUUCAAGAAGCGACGGUAUUUUUUGUAAAGGCGUGUCACGCUUCCAUUUAAAGGUACAAUAACAAGUAAAAUGGCUGUACGGAGAAUCACCCAGGAAACGUUCGAUACUGCGGUGAGGGAAAACAUCGACGAGUUUGAGAUGGAUCCUGACGAGGCUUUGAGGGAAGCUGUAGAGCAGUUUCAGUCUCAAGGUGUGGACCUCAGCUGUAUUGUAAAGGCUGUACCCGCUGUGCCAUCUGAGGACAAACAACAAGAGAAAACCCAUGAGAUCUUAAAGGCAUUGGAGUCCCUCCGUAUCGCAAAAGACUCUGCUGGCAUUACCAAAGUGGCAGCAGAUCUAAAGUGUUUCACCGAGCAAUGUUUACUUGGAUUUGCUCAAAGGUACCUGGCGGCCCAGAAAGACGCUUACCCCAUCAUCCUUUCCUACUGUAAAAAGAGUGUUGGAGACCAGGAAGCAGCAUUGGCUGCUCUGUGCGCACUGGCUGCACUGACCGACGGACAACCGGACUUGUUAGAUGCAGACGGACAAUGCUUCCUUUUGGAUAUUCUCAAGAAGUACAGGGCUGAUUCGGGUGUGACGCGAGCCGCCCUCUCCACCGUGCGUCACUGCUGUCUGAAACACGAGCAGAACAGACAGGAUUUGGUCAAAGCAGGCGUCCUGCCUCUGAUGACUGACGCCGUCAAACAGCAUAUCGGCUGCGCUGAGGUGGUCAAGGAGGCCUCUGCAGCUCUCAGGGUCAUGACCUUUGAUGAUGAUGUCCGGGUUACAUUUGGGCAUGCUCACGAGCAUGCCAAGAGUAUUGUUCUUGAACAUAAUGGGCUCAAGGUCUUAAUAGAGUCUGCAAAAGCUCAUAAUGACAAUAUCUCUGUCUUGAGUGAGCUGUGCGCCACCUUGUCCCGUUUGGCCGUCAGGAACGAGUUCUGCCAAGACAUAUGUGACCUGGGAGGGCUGAAACUCAUUAUGACGCUGCUUGCAGACAGCUAUGAGUCACCGGAGUUGGUUCGGCAGGUCCUGAGCGCAAUACGAGCCAUCGCUGGAAAUGAUGAUGUAAAAGAUGCUGUUGUUAAAGCGGGUGGAGUCCAGCUCAUCGUCAUCGCCAUGAACAGACACCAGUCAAAUUCCUCGGUGUGUGAGCAGGGCUGCGCGUGCCUUUCUGUCCUUGCUUUACGUAAACCCAACAACUGCAAGGUCAUCAUGGAGGAAGGAGGUGCCUUAGCUGCUGUACAGGCUAUGAAGGCUCACACUGAUGCUGUGAAUGUGCAGAAACAGGCAUGCAUGCUGUUGAGGAACCUGGUGUCGCGUCAGCCCAACUACAGCCAACUGAUUCUGGACAUGGGAGUGGAGGCACUCAUAGCGCAGGCACUACGAAACCAUCACGACUGCAGCGAUGCCGCUAAAGCUGCCCUCAGGGAUCUGGGCUGCCAGGUGGAGCUACGAGAGCUGUGGACUGGCAAACGCGGCGGCAUCACCAACUGAAAAAAGUGGAGAGGAGAGCUUAUGGUGAAAGGUCUUGUAUUCAAUCAAGCAAAACCCACUCUGAGGGAAUAGCUUUUAGGUGCAAGCACAAUGAGGACACUUACAAUAUAACCAUCUCUGUUGGUUAAUUGGUGACUCCAAAUUGUCCAUAGGUAUGAAUGUGAGUGUGAAUGGUUGUUUGUCUAUAUGUGCCCUGUGAUUGGCUGGCGACCAGUCCAGGGUGGGGUCCAGCCUCUCGCCCAAAGACAGCUGGGAUAGACUCCAGCACCCCAACCCCCCCGCGACCCUCGUGAGGAUAAGCGGUCAAAAAUGAAUGAAUGAAUGAAUGUUUUAAUAUGAUUGUUAUGUGACCAUGCAAUUGUAGAAUCAACUCAAUUAAACUCCCAUUUAUGUGCACAUGAGACUAAAACAGUAGUCAUACAAGACCCUGCUUAAAUUUAUGUUUUGACAAGACCAAAAAGCUUGUACAUGUUUUAUUUUGAUAUAUUGUUUACAGAUAUUAUAUGUAACACGUAAGCUGGCACACAAAAAAUGUGCUACACACAUUCAUUGUCCGCUAUGCAAAUUGCAUUGUUCUGCAACACACCUCCGGAAUGACAGUGCUAGGUUUUUACAAUAUUUUUUUAUAAUAAUUUAUUCUCGUUUGAUGAAGCAUUCCCCUAUAAAAAUCAUGUUAUGUGUUGUUUUCUUUAUUUGUGGAUGGAAUUUCCUUAUUUGCCUUUUCCUUGAAUGGAUGAAUGGAUUGUCUUAUAAUUUGUUGUGCUGUGAAUAAACUAAAACUGUAAGC